AGCAAGACUUCGAAGCAGACUUCGAAGCAGACGACUUCGAAACAGACUUCGAAGCAGAAGACUUCGAAACAGACUUCGGAGCGCACGACUUCGAUGCAGACAACUUCGAAGCAGACAACUUCGAAGCAGACGACUUCGAAGCAGACGACUACGAAGCAGACUUCGAAGCAGACGACUUCGAAGCAGACUUCGAAGCAGACGACUUCGAAACAGACUUCGAAGCAGACGACUUCGAAGUAGACUUCGAAACAGACUUCGAAGCAGACGACUUCGAAGCAGACUUCGAAACAGACUUCGAAGCAGACGACUUCGAAACAGACGACUUCGAAACAGACUUCGAAGCAGACGACUUCGAAACAGACUUCGAAGCAGACGACUUCGAAACAGACUUCGAAACAGACUUCGAAGCAGACGACUUCGAAACAGACUUCGAAGCAGACGACUUCGAAACAGACUUCGAAGCAGACGACUUCGAAACAGACUUCGAAGCAGACGACUUCGAAACAGACUUCGAAGCAGACGACUUCGAAACAGACUUCGAAGCAGACGACUUCGGGAGUGCUGGAAAGAGACCCGGCGGUCGGGACUUGUUGAGUCCUGAACGUUAUCGCAGUGACA